GCCGUUCUCCUUAUUCAUCGAAACGCCUUCGAGAAGACGAUCGGGUUCUGCUUUUGAGUUAAUCUCCAUUUCGAUAGAUCGUUGGGAGAAUGGCGCCGUCACGUCGCAACAUCAGCGGCAGAUCGCCGCUUGUUAAUCAAAAUCGGCAGAUUACUUCUUUCUUCUCUAAGACUGCCUCUGCAUCCCAUUCUGCUUCUCCUUCCCCUGCCAUCUCCAUACAAAACCCUAAACCUAAACUAAGUAUGAGUCCACGCUCCAGUCCGACUCCGACCACGCGGUCGCCAAUCCAAUCCAAGCUGAAGAAGCCCCUCCUAGUCAUCGGCCAAAGGGCCUCCACGCCGACUCCUAAAUCCUACGGGGAGGAGGUUCUGGAAAGGAGGAUUGAGGUUUACAGGCCGUUGGAAAAGGCCUGGUACAAGGGUGUUGUGAAAUCUUUUGACAAGGAGUCCGGGAAGCAUUUGGUUCACUAUGAUGAUGCUGAGGAGGAAUCAUUGGAUUUGGAGAAGGAGAGAAUUGAGUGGGUCCAUGAAGAGGUUCGAGUCUUCAAGAGGUUGCGGCGCGGGGUUUCUUCUGCUUUCAAAAGGGUGGUGAUUGAGGAUGACGAUGAAUUGGAGAAUGUGGAGGACAAGAGUAAUCAUCAUAGCGAUGAAGAUUGGGGGAAGAAAAAUAAAAAUGUGGAGGAAGUUAGUGAUGAUACUGAAGAGGAAGAUACUGAUUUGAGGAUACAGAAGAGGAGGAAAUAGAAAUGUCAGAAGGCAAUUUGGACACUGGUAGUAAGACUAGUGGAGAUGUGACUAAGGCAGAGUAAGGCAAGGCUUAAGGUUUCUACCAUGGAGCCUGUGAAUGUUACUGGAAGUCUUUUAACAGAGAACAUCAGGAUUCAAAAAGAAGAUAUCUUGGCCGAUUUCUUAAAGAGCUUAACAGGUGGCCAUCCAGAGACAAUGGUGGGAGUGCAAGUCAAAGCAUGUAGACAAAGUUUAAUUUUUCAAGGUAUUGAAGACUACCAUCUAAUUUGCCAUUCUUAUUAGUAAAAUUGUUUAACAUUUCAGUUUUGUUGGAGCAGAUUGGCUAAUUUUAUGAACUAUUUGAAAUGGAUGCACAUAUUGGAGCAAAAGAACUGGAUUUGCAAUACAUGAAUGUACUAGUU